AUGGCCUCCUCUCGCAUCCCGCCGGCGAAGCCCCUCGAGCUCGACCUCACCGUCGUCAACGCCAAGCACCUCAAGAACGUCAACUGGAAGAACGGCGGCCUCAAGCCCUACGCCAUCUUCUGGGUCGAUCCCGACCGCCGCCUCGCCACCAAGUCCGACGACUCCGGCUCGACCCGGCCUGUCUGGAACGAGCAGUUCACCGUCCCCCUCCCCUUCCCGCUCCCCGAUUCCGCCCUCACCCUCGAGGUCUUCCACUCCAAGCCGUCCGAGACCCCCAAGCCCCUCGUCGGCUCCCUCCUGAUCCACCUCAAGGACCUGCCCGACCCGCACGACCGGGACCAGAUCCGCACGUACGAGCUCGUCCGGCCGUCCGGUCGGCCCCACGGCAAGAUCCGGAUCAAGCUGGCCGUCCGCGAGCGCCCCGUGCCGCCCCCGCCGGAGUACCUCGUCCCGCCUUCCGGGUAUUAUUACGGGGCCGCCGCCGCUCCUCCGCCGCCGGCUUCGCGCUCGGCGUAUCUCCCCCCACCGCCGGCCCCGCUCGUGGUGGCGCAGGCCGUGACGAUGCCCCCGCCGCCGCCCGCUACCGUCCGCGAGUACAGGCCGUAUUCUGUUCCGACCUACGCAGCGGCCCCUCCGCUGCCGCCGCCACCACCGGGCCCGGCUCAGCCGCCGCCUGCUUAUUCGUACGCGUACUCGGAUGCCUAUCCUGGAUACUAUCCGGGGUACUACUCGUCUGCGCCUCCGCCCCCUCCACCGCGGCCAUUUUAUGAUCGGGGUUCGGGUUAUGGCGGGCCUAGCGGUGGCCCGUCCGCACCUGUCGAUUACACAAUGGCAUACGAGAAGCAGAGAAGUGGGAAGAUGGGGCUAGGGGCAGGAUUGGCUGUGGGAGCGGUUGCUGGAGCGCUGGGUGGGCUAGCAUUGGAAGAGGGAUUGAACUAUGAGGAAGAGAAGAUCGCCGAGAGGGUUGAGAGCGACUUGGCUGGAAGGGAUGAUUAUAGCGAGUAUCGCCCUGAUUACUGA